AUGUUUGUCUGCUCACGGUGCAUUAAGAACCUUGCUGUUAAGGGCUUAACUCGCACUUCUGGACGUGUCAGACCACCUAAAGUCCAAGUCAUUCGACAUUAUUCGACCAAUGCAAACGAUGAUGAUCGCAUGCUGGACAUGUCACGUUACCCUCCCGAUCUGAUACGGAACUUCAGUAUCAUUGCUCACAUUGAUCAUGGCAAAUCAACACUCGCGGAUCGUAUGCUAGAACUUACUGGAACGAUUGAUACGUCAAAGGGAAAGAACAAGCAAGUCCUAGACAAGCUCAAAGUUGAGAGAGAUCGUGGUAUCACUAUUAAAGCUCAGACGGCGUCCAUGUUUUAUAAUUUUAAUGGAAAGAAGUAUCUUUUGAAUCUAAUUGAUACGCCAGGUCAUGUUGACUUUAGCUAUGAAGUCUCAAGGUCGUUAGCUGCGUGUCAAGGCACACUGUUACUAGUUGAUGCUACGCAGGGUGUGCAAGCUCAAACUGUUGCAAACUAUUUUAUGGCCUUUGCAUCCAAUCUACACAUACUGCCCGUCUUGAACAAGGUCGAUUUAGCUACGGCUGAUGCUGAGAGAUGCACCAGCCAACUGGCACAAGCAUUUGAGAUCGAUACUACGUCAUUAUCGCACGUAUCUGCUAAAACAGGUCGAGGUGUGGAAGAUUUACUAAAGCUAGUUAUAACAGCCGUUCCACCGCCGCCUGCACUCCCGAAUCAGCCAUUCCGAGGACUCUUGUUUGAUACGUGGUAUGAUACAUAUGUAGGAGUUAUAUGUCUGGUAGCCAUAUCAGAAGGAGUGGUUAAGAGGGGACAACGUAUACGGUCUUUGGCACAGGAUACGACGUAUGAAGUGUCUGAUUUAGGUAUCAUGUUUCCUGAACAGACGCCCACGGCAUCUUUACAUGCUGGGCAAGUCGGGUAUCUAAUUAUGGGAAUAAAGUCGGCCAGAGACGCUCGUGUCGGUGAUACGUUAUAUGCAGCUAGCACCGGUGUAGACAAAGUAGCUGCAUUUCCUGGAUUCAGACCAGCUAGAUCUAUGGUUUAUGCUGGGCUGUUUCCUGUUGAUGCAAACGAUUACAACAAGUUGCAGGAUGCGUUGGAGAGACUAACUCUGAAUGAUGCUAGUGUGGGUGUCGAAAAGGAGACAUCAGUCGCUCUAGGACAAGGUUUCCGCUUAGGCUUCCUUGGAACCUUGCACAUGGAUGUAUUUAGACAGCGUCUUGAAGAAGAGUAUGAUGCAGCUGUCAUCAAUACAGCACCCACAGUACCAUACAAGAUUCAUUUUGAGAAUGGAUCUGAAGUUGUAAUUCAUAAUCCGGCUCAGUGGCCAGAGCCUAAUGUCAUUCACAAUGCCAAGGAGUUUCAUGAACCAAUGGUUAUAGGCACGCUUGUGUUUCCUCAAGAGUAUAUGGGGAAGCUGAUGGAGUUGUGUGGGGCACAUCGUGGCGAGCAACUAGAGUACACUUAUAUCGAUGAGACGAGGGUGAUGAUGAAGUAUCGACUUCCAAUGAGUGAGGUCCUGACUGGUUUCUAUGAUCAGUUGAAGAGCAGAUCAUCUGGAUAUGCAAGUUUCGAUUAUGAGGAAUGUGGCUGGCAGGCUUCUGAUUUGGUGAAGGUGGACCUCUUACUCAAUGGCAAACCUGUUGAUGCUCUUGGAUUUAUUGUUCAUCGAUCGGAGAGCACACGGAUUGCGAGGGAGUGGGUUAAAAAGUUGAAAGCUGUCAUGAGCAAGGAGCUAUUUGAAGUUAUCAUUCAAGCUUCUGUGUCGGGACGAGUCAUUGCUCGAGAAAGCAUUGCCGCUGUACGAAAGGAUGUCUUAUCCAAAUGUUAUGGAGGCGAUGUCACCAGGAAAAUGAAACUUCUAGAGAAACAGAGGAUCGGUAAGAAACGUCUUAAGACUGUUGCUGGUGGAAUCAGUUUGCCACAAGAGGCAUUCUUGACGCUGAUGAAUAAUGGGCAAUAG